UUGAGGAUCUACUGUCUCUAAAAAUUAGAGUAUCGACUGAAACACGGGUUGAACCGGACAAGUGGUAAACGAAUGGCGACCUCAACCCCAAACAGAACCGUCGAGCCUCCGUCUUCCGCCACCGGAACACCUCUACCUCCGACUACUACUCCGCCUCCCUCGAACCCACCACAACCGCCUCCGGUGGCGAAACCGGAAGUCCCAUUACCAGAAGCCAAAACCUCUAGCGACGCCAACUUAAUCCUUGUCCCUAGCCACUCAAGAUGGUUCUCGUGGGAUUCCAUUCACGAAUGCGAAAUCCGCAACAUUCCCGAAUCUUCCAAGAACCCUAGGGUUUACAAAUACUACAGAAACUCUAUUGUCAAGUUUUUCAGAUUCAAUCCUAACAGGAAAAUCACCUUCACCGAUGUUCGCAAAACCCUAGUCGGUGACGUUGGUUCCAUUCGAAGAGUGUUUGAUUUUCUUGAAGCUUGGGGUUUAAUCAAUUAUCAUCCUUCUUCUUCGCUCAGUAAACCUCUCAAAUGGGAAGAUAAAGACACCAAACCCGACGCAGCAUCGAAUUCCGCAGAAUCUCCUUCUCCGGCACCUGUCAAAGAAGCUAAGAGAAUCUGUAGUGGCUGCAAAAAUCUCUGUGUCAUGGCUUGCUUUGCCUGUGAAAAGAAUAAUAUGACGUUGUGUGCGAGGUGUUUUAUUCGUGGAAAUUAUCGAAUUGGUAUGAGUAAUACAGAAUUCAAGAGAGUGGAGAUAAGCGAGGAGACGAAAAAUGAAUGGACUGAGAAGGAAACACUGAAUCUUCUUGAAGCUAUUACGAAUUUCGGUGAUGAUUGGAAGAGGGUUGCUCAUCAAGUUGUUGGUAGGACCGACAAGGAAUGCGUUGCUCGUUUUUUAGAGCUUCCUUUUGGUGAUCAGUUUCUGCAUUAUCCACACUCCGAGUCUGCUCCUUGCAUUGAUGAUGGUUCUGAUCAGUUGAAGCCUCCCGUUGCUGCUGAAUGUGAAUCCGAAACUGUUCCGUCGGAUAAAUCUAGUAAGAGAAUGUGUCUCACACCUCUUGCGGAUGCUAGCAAUCCUAUCAUGGCUCAGGCUGCUUUCCUUUCUGCUUUGGCAGGGACGGAGGUUGCGCAAGCUGCAGCUCAAGCUGCUCUGACAAGUUUGUCCAAUGUUUACAAAUCAACUAGAAUUAAUUACCGGUCAUUUCCAAGGAAUACAUUGCAGCAAGAUGCUGCUGUUGCAUCCAAUGGUGGUAAUGCUUCAGAUUCUAUCCAAGGAUCUUUAUUGCGUGCAAAUUUACAGCUUGAGAAGGAAGAAUCAGACGUGGAAAAAGCAAUUUCUGAGGUUACAGAAGUUCAGAUGAAAAAUAUCCAGGACAAGCUUAUCAAUUUUGAGGAUUUAGACGUGCUAAUGGAAAAAGAACGCCAGCAGUUGGAGCAAACGAAGAGUUUGUUUUUCCUUGAUCAGCUCAAUCUUUUAUUUCGUAAAACAUCUGCACCAACGACCGGAGAAGGCAAUCAUGUAAAAAGGAAUUGAUGACUGACAAGUCUUAGGUUUAGCUGAGUGCAUUCAAUUUUCCUUUUUAAUUAGUCUGCACUCCGUUUGCUUUUCUUGCGAAAUCACUGAAGUGUUGUUCAAUAUUAUAAUAGCAAUAUCUCAUAUCAACUGUAGGCGUUUCAUUAUAUAUCGUCAACUUGCUAGCACAUUUCUGCCUAGAAACGGUAUGAAAGUUUCAAAUA